AUGAGAACGAAUCCGAGAAGUGUGUUUGAAUUAGAUGUGGAUGAAAGUAAUGGGUGUUUUCGGAGGUUGUUUGUGGCAUUUCAUGGAUGUUUGUAUGGCUUUCAAUUUUGUCGUCCGUUGUUGUUUGUUGAUGGUACAUUCUUGAAGGAGCGUUACAAGGGACAUUUGCUUGCAGCAACAUCAAAGAAUGGUCUGUUUCCUUUGGCUUUUGCGAUUGUUAACGCUGAAAAUCAAGAUAAUUGGAUGUGGUUUUUAAGUCAGUUGUUAAAGGCUGUUGGUUCAGGCCGGAGAUUGACCUUUGUGUCUGACCGUCAACAUGGAUUGCUAGACGCUCUUUCAGUGGUUUUUCCUAAUGCACAUCAUGCAUAUUGCUUCAAUCAUUUGAAGAGAAAUUUGAUUGACAAAUUGGUGGGACUUCAUACUAACUAUAAGCUGAGUUUGAUAAAAAUAUUAGUUAAAUGUGCUUAUGCGCCAACUGUUACUUCUUUCCAACAUUAUAUGGAGAAAUUGAGGUGUAUUGUUGGGAAUGGUAGAGUUGAUAGUAUAUUGGAUGGUUUGCAAAAUGAUAAGUGGGCCAAUGCAUUUUUUAGAGGGAAACGAUAUGGUGAGAUGUCAUCUAAUGCUGUUGAGUCUUACAAUAAUUGGAUUGGUAGGGCUCGUGAGUUGUAUAUUACUUGUAUGGCUGAUAUGAUUAGGGUUCAAAUCAUGCCUCAAUUGUCUAAUAGAAGAGCUAAAUCUAAAAAAUGGACUACGAAAUUGUGUCCGAUUAUGGAAAAGAAAUUUGUGGACUCUUUGAAGCUAGCUAAGUCUUGGGAUGUAAUUGUUACUAGUGAUACUGUGCUUGAGGUUUAUUCUUUUAUUUCUUCUUAUGUUGAUAUUGAUUGUUUUAGAGAGUCAUACAAGGAAUCUGUUUAUCCAGUGCCUUCAAGUGAGAGAUUUGACUUUGAUGAUGCCGAUAGUUCGAUUAUCAAACCUCCUAUAACGAAGAAGCAGCCUGGGCGGAACAAGAAGAAGAUGAUACCUUCUAGGGGUGAGAAUGUGAAGCAAAUCAAGUAUGGGAGGUGCUUAAAAUAUGAGAAUCACAAUAAGAAGACGUGCAAGGCUGCAAUUUGA